AUGACGGCGCUGCGACGAUCCUGCGCGGCACUCGCCGCGCGCAGCAGCGGCAGUGUUGGCGGCAGCGCCCUGCCGCCGCUCUUCCUUGCGCCGUGCCUCGAGCGGCCUCGUGCGCCGCCGCCGCCGCCGCAGCAGCGCCGCGCCGCUUCUUCAUCCUCAGCGCCGCUGCGCACGGCCGACGCAACCAACAAGCUUGGUCUGCGCAACUUCUUCGACUCGCUCUGGCCGAGCGACCGCGACGCCGGCGACGGCGCCGCCGCCACGUCGGGCAAGAAGAAGAGGAUGAAGAAGGACAAUCCCACCACGUGGAACAUUCACAAGACGCAGUCGCAGUUCCGUAUUGCGGCCCGGAAGGGAGAUGCCGACCGCCUCCUCGCGCUCUAUCCUCGCCUCGCAGCCGAGGCCUUCUCGCAUGCGUGGCUGACACUCGAGCCGCACGAGAUCUGGACCGCGGCGACCGUCCUGCUGCGCCCGGCCCGGCCGCACUGGCGCUCCGAGGCCCUCGUGGCGCCUACAACGACACGGCGCGAGCGUUUGCAGCAGUCACUCAUGCUGCAACAGGCACGCAUGGCCGUGCGCCUGCUGCGCGAUGCACCGACGCUGUGGGAUGCGCCGCACGACGGCCAAUCGCUGGCGCUGCUGCUGAGCGCGCUGACGACCGUGGCGAGCGACGCGUCGCUCGCGCACCUGCUGCAUUUGCGCGAGCGUCUCAUGGAGGAGUACCCCGACGCCGGUCCUCCAGCUGACCUGGGCGCAGUCGUGCUGCGCGCCGCGUGCUCAACGGAUGACGCCAAAGGUCUGCGCAAGCUCCUCGAGCUGCGUCCGGCAUGGGUGCAGGCUGACUCGGCCAAGUGGCAAGCGCGCGCCCUGCAAUUGCUGCUGCGCUUCGGCGAGGCAGACUUUGCGCUCGAGCAUGCCGCUGCGCCAGCCUCAGAGGGAGGCCUGCUCGGCGUGCUGCCACUCGCGCGUGCCGACUCGCAGUCCCUCACGGCGCUCGUCGCCAGCGCCAGCCGCGCCGGUCUGGCAGAUCGCUCGCUCGUCCGUGAUGCGGCGACGGAGCUGCACAGGCGCAUUGCUGAGGACCGCAGUGCGUCGGACCAAACAUGGCAUGCUCUCAUCCUCCAUGCUUCGCUCAAGCAGGACGGCGGAGCUGCGGAAGUAGAGGCCCUCGUGGCGCUCAUGGAUCGCCUGAAGACGACGCGUCCCCGAACAGACAUCUCGCUCUUUGCGCUUCUGCUGCACACGCACAGCAAGGCGCUGCACGCCGCCGCAGAUGGCUCCGAGGACGACAUCCUACAGCUCUUCAACAAGGUCGAGGCGAUCAGCGGCAAGGCGCCGGACUCGGAUGCCUUCGCUGUUGGCGUCCGUGCACUGCUCGGCAGCAUCACGCCGCUGUGCGAAGGCGGCGCGCCGGUCGCCAAGACCGAGACGGCGCCGAUGGUGAUGCUGGGUCCACAUCACCAUGACAGAGACAGAGCGGCACCGCCGCCGUCGCAAGUCUCUAGUCCUGAGCAGCGAUACGAGGCCACUGCGCUUUACAUCCGCUAUCUCGCCACUGGCGGCAAGGCCCAUCCCGACGUCACGGGUCCACUCGUCCACGCGUGGGCAGAUGCCUUUCUGCCCGACCCAUCACGCGCGCUCAUGUAUCUCGACGAGCUGCGCACCGAGAGCGUCGAUGACGUGCCGACACAGCUCUACGUCCAGGUGUUAGAGGCCUGCGAGCGCGCAAGCGACUGGGCCAACGCACGCAAGGUGCUGCAGCGCAUGCACGCCGACAGGGUGAUCCUCACGCAGAACGAGCGCAAGCUCGCCAGCAGCGCGGGCAUGCUCGCGGCUCCGCACCCCGAGACGGCACUCGAGGUGUACAAGACGCUGCGCGACCUGCCGCGACUGCCGGGCCAAGCACCGUACACUGCAGCGCACUGGAGGAAUCUCUUCAGCCUCUACUCGCGGAUAUGCGUCACCUUUGCGCCGCCAGUCACGACGGAUUUCCACGUGCCGGCACCGGCAGCGCUUGACUUUCUGCGCGACAUCCUUCGCGCGGGUUACGAGCUCGAUGCGCCUCUUCUCACUUCGCUGCUGUCUCUGUGUUCCGCGGCGGGCAAGCACUACAGCAAGGUCGGAGGGAUCCAUAGAGACGAGGCUCGAGAGCGCAUGGCCGAGGUUGCCGCAACAGUGCAUCAGAUCGACGAACUCAUCCUGCUGAGGUCAAGAGACGCGCAACCCAACGUUGCGCUCGUUAGUGCGCUGAUGGACGCGUACAACUGCAUCACGGAGCACGAGCGGGUGUUCGAGAUUUGGUAUCGUCUGCUGGCCUUUCGUGUGCCGCUGCAAGGCUCUGUACUCAGCGUCGUGCUCGAUACAUGCGGCUACGCGCAGCGCUACAAGGAAGGCCUGGAGGUGUGGCAGGUCGGAUCCCGGUCCGUAGGGCUCUCGCACAUCAACGCCAACUGUUGGCUCUCCUACGUCGAAUUUCUGGUGCGCUGCGGACAUCUGCGUGCCGCUAUCGACGUGACGUUCGGCGAGAUGCGCCAGGCGCUGCUCGACCACCCAAGCAUGGGCAAGGAGGCCGUCGAAGGCAUCUACGAGCCGGCCGUGGCCAUGCUGUUUCGCUUCACGCUCUAUCGCCGCGAAGCCGGCCAAGGCGACGAGGAGCUUCAGCACAUCUCCCAGCGCAUCCGCAACGAGGCGCCGUGGCUGUCGCACGUCCUCCGCAUGACCGUGCCAAGACUGUCUGACUAG